AUGCUGUUUACUCUGGGACUUCUCCUCCUGCUCACCCCAUUUCCCUCCUUACAAACCACGACCAAUGAGAAGAAAAACUCCACAGGAAGCGAUGUGACCAAAGCCAACGCCGUUUUCACCCUUUCAAAACCAAAAACCACUUCUACUCUCCCCAAACAGACCGUUCGCCCCAACCUGAAACCAAACACAGUCAAUCAGACUGUUUUACCGACGCCAGCCUCCAACCAAAAAUCUCCGACCUUCAAUGCUACGGUGACCACCAAAAGCAAAGCCAGCCCGGCAGUAAUUCAAACUGUGGCAGCCAGUGGCACCAUCACCAACAAAGAAAAGCACACAGUCGCAGCCAAUCAGACAGUUUCAGCUAAGUCUCCUUCAGCCGGUGAAGUGAAGGCCAGCAAAGACAAGCCGGCCCCCACGGGAGCUCCAAAUGUUCCGUCAGCAUCCACAAAGUCUGCGCCAGCCAGCGGUGCUAAAACCCCCAAAGAAAAAAUCCAGCCUUCGGUCAAUCAGACUGUUUCAGUAAAAUCCCCUUCAGCCACUGAUGGGAAGAUUGCCAAAGACAAGCCUGCCCCCACCGUAGUUCAAAACGUUCAGUCAACAUCCUCAAAGUCGGCUCCUGCCAGUGGCGCUAAAACCACCAAAAACAAGCCCACAGCCUCUGUCAAUCAGACUGUUGUAGCUAAGUCUGCCUCCACCGGUGAUGUGAAAAACUCCAAAGACAAGCCCGCCCCCACUGCGGUUCAAACUGCUCCGUCAACACCAGCAAAGCCAGCUACUGCCAGUGGUUCUGCAGCCGACAAAGACAAGAUCACAGCCUCAGCCACCACCAAAGAGAAGUCUGCCCUUUCUCGACCAAUCAAGGUGGUGAUCGGUGACGGCUGUGACUCGAACAACGCCAAGGAGCAGGAGGUGAAGCUGAUGCCUGGCACUCCCCUGGUGAUGACGCAUAAGAUAAGCUUGGUAGCCGGUGGGUGCGAUGGGGGAUGUGAGACUGAGAUGGAUGCACUGAAAGGACGGGUGGCCCGACUGGAGCGCGAGAUGUCCCUCUUAAAAGACAAAUGUCCAUGUUCUGCAAAUUGUCCAGAUGACUGUAGCGGCAAUGGUGAAUGUGAGAAGGGGAAAUGUGUCUGUCAUCAGGGGUUCAUGGGUCCAGACUGCGCUAAGUGUGCCCAAGGGACAGAGUGUCAUAAAAAGGCUGCCAAAGGAAAGGCCAAGGAGACAGUGGAGACAGUGACCCAGCAGAAAAAGGACCAGAAGAAGGAGAGUGAAGCCAAAGAGUUUGACAGCAAACCCAGAGUGACCACUAAUUUUAAAACAGGUCUUGUUAAAACACAAGGGAAACAAGAAGUUUCCGUGAAAAAAAUAAUCAUGAAAGGUUCCUCAAGUGCAACAAAGACCAAUCGCCCAACUGUUGGUCAAGUUCUCCUGAAACAUGAGGGAAGGAAGCAAGAAGAGGCGCGAAAAGGUAAAACCAUCCAGGCCUCUAAAAAGGUUCUCCAAAAAACUGACCUCAAGCUUGUUAAGGAAGGAAGUGCCAGUAAAAUAUUUACUAAAUCUGACCAGCUGAAAGAUGAACCUCAUAACAACAUAACUCUGCAAGGUAACGUAAAGAAAUCUAAUGGCACGGCUAAAAUAGUGACCAUUCUGUCCAAAGGCAUAGGAACAAACAAAACCAGAACAGGAAAGGAGACUCUGGAGCAGUCCACAAUGGCUGAGAAGAAUGUCACUCAAUCAUCUGGACAUAAACGCAAGACAAUCAAAGUAGAGAAUACAAAUGUGCAAACCAUUGACAACAGAAACACUGAAGCUGGAAAGGGGAAAGUCACACAGAAGAGUCAGUACCUAGUGAACUCAACCACCACGGCAACGACAGACGAGGCUCGAGCUGCGCAAAACAAAACAAGCAUCCAAGGCACUGGGGUGAGCAGAGGGAUGGGAGGAUCUGGAUUAGGUUCUGUGAAGGUGGUGAACAUCUCCUCCUACAGCUUCACCAUCACAUGGUCAGCACCACAGGGCAUGUUCAAAAAUUUCACCGUGAUCAGGAGAGAGCCUCGGACAGAGGGCGAUGAAGACGACCACGAAGACUUUGAGGAGGAAGCUCUUGGAUCAGAGAAGAUCUCUGCAGCUAAGAACCCGGCCGAGGUCCAUGUACAGACUGAGAACACAGGAACGACUGUUUCUUCCAGUAAAACUACUGGAUCAAAAACUAAAGCUGAAACCAAGAGGAUCUCCAUGGUGGUGCCCAGCAGCAUACGCUCUGUGGAAUUCAGCAACCUUCGCGCGAACAUGCGUUAUGUCCUGUACGUAUAUGGAACCGGUGCUGAGAGAAGAUCAAAGAUUCACAGAGUAUCUGCAGUUACAGGUCCUGAGCCAGCCACAGAGAUGGUUUUCAGCAAUGUAACAGAGACUUCUCUCACUGUGUCCUGGUCCAAACCAAAGACCACAUUCACUGGCUUCAGGGUCUCCUAUACCAACAUUGUCACAGGGGAGAGCCGCUUUGUUGUCAUGGAGUCUCAGCAGUCUUCCAUGGUGCUGUCCAAGCUGUCUGCUGGAGCCUCCUACAUCAUCUCUGUAACAACCACACUCAGCAGAGUGCAGAGUGAAGCCCUCAUAGCCGUUAUCACCACAGUGCCCGCUCCUCCUACGCAUCUUCAAGUUGUCAAUGUGACGGAUACCAGAGCCGUGCUGCAGUGGACGCCCAGUCUGGGGAAAGUAGACCGCUUCAUAAUCAGCUACGAGUCCUCCAAGACUCCUAAUGUGACGGUGACAGUGAUGCUGUCUGGAAACUCAGUGGAGCACCAUCUGAAAGGUCUGCAGAGAGGCACCCUGUACACAGUUAAAGUGCUGAGCCAGAAGGACAGUCUGCAGAGCAUGGCCAUCUCAACUACAUUUACCACUGCUAACGUGGUUAAAGCCAGUGAGGUGGGGGCGCGCUCUGCACUGAUAACAUGGAGAAGCUCCACUGUUGUCUAUCACAGCUACAGAGUCAUCUAUCAGGUGGCAGGAGAGGAGGCAAAGGAGGUGACCCUGGACUCAACCAUCACAGAGUAUAAGGUGACAGGGCUGCUGCCCAUGUCACGCUACAUAGUUCUGGUGCAAGGCGAGAGAGAUGGACACUACACGUCUGUUGUCACCACAGAAUUCAUCACAGGUAAACUACGAUUCUCUUUCCCAACUGAGUGCUCUCAGGAGCUGCUGAACGGAGCGCUGCAGUCAGGGGAGGUGGACAUCUACCCACAAGGAAAGGAAGGACAGGCGGUCAGAGUCUACUGUGACAUGGAGACCGAUGGAGGUGGCUGGACGGUCUUCCAGAGGAGGAUGAACGGAAAGACAGACUUCUACAGAACCUGGAGCGAAUACAGCGGCGGCUUUGGGAACCUGAGUGAAGAGUUCUGGCUCGGGAAUGAACUUCUCCACAACCUGACCAGCGUCGGCCCAGUGAGUCUGAGAGUGGACAUGCAGUCUGGAAACGACACGGCUUACGCUCACUACGGCAACUUCUCCGUCGAUUCCGAGGAGAGGCACUACACUCUCAGCGUGUCCGGCUACACAGGCACUGCAGGUGACUCUAUGAGAUACCAUAAUGGACGUCCAUUCUCGACCCGGGACAAGGACGCCGAUCCUCUGGGGAUCCACUGUGCCCGGGCCUACAUGGGAGGCUGGUGGUACAAGAACUGCUACAAGACCAACCUCAACGGUCUUUAUGGCACCAACAGUAAUAAUCAGGGAGUCGUGUGGAUAGACUGGAAAGGCAAAGACUCCUCCAUCCCCUUCUCCGAGAUGAAGUUCAGACCCUCCAGGUUCUCCCCUGCAACUCACGGCUGA